UCUGGUUCUGGGUCUGGCCAACACUGUGCUCCAUACAUACUGUGGUUUCUUCGACAACCUGUGAACCUGUCGGACCUGUCGCGCAGCUCCACCUGGACGAGGAAGGGACUGAGAGACACAGACAGGGCGGUCUCGGAAUGAGCUCGUACAACUGAACACCACUAGUACUGUAAACCUUUUAAUAAAACAAAACACUUUUUAAGGACCGAAGCGAUUAGUUGUGGAUUGAACGCGUCUUUUCUCGGAUUGUCGCCGCAACGUCUCUCACACUGUUAGUUACGGCGGAAACAGGUCUUGUGCAGGGGUGUUGCCAUGGCAGGUACGGUGACAAUGAGCUGAAACGGAGCUGGAACUCUGCCUGUGAGUGUGUGGAGGUGAACUAUGGCGCUGCGGGAGUCCCCCUUCCCCAAUGGGUUUGCGGAAGGCCUCCAUGCCGUGGGCUGGGGGCUCAUCAUGCCCUGCUUUUGGUUCCUGGACCGUCUUCUGGCUGUUUGUCAUUCGACAAGCCUGGAGUGGCGCCAGCGGCGUGAGGAAGAAUGCUACCUCCAUCCACUCAGGGUCUUCUUCGGUGUACUCUUCUUACUUGCCCUCUUCAUCAUCAGCACCCCCAUCGCCUUCCUCGGCUUUCUGCUUUGGGCGCCCCUUCAGGCAGUCCGUCGGCCAUUCUCCUACCACCAGGAGAGAGUGGUGCACCCAGAAGCCCAGGAGUGCUCGCAGUCAUGGCUGCACAACGGGGGCAAGGCCACGUUUAGCUUUGUCGCUGGCAAUGUGUGCCUGCUGCCGGAUGGCCUAGCACGGUUCAACAAUCUGGGCCACUCACAGAGGCGGGCAGCUGCCAUUGGACAGUUAAUCGCACAGGGGAUCAGCCGACCGCACAUCUCCAUUUUUGCUGACACACCCAGCAGUAGCGGUACACUUAGUCCUACCAACAGCCUGCUCUCUCAGCACUUGCCAGGAUCUUAUGGGGCCAUGGACUCUUAUAUGCAGUCCCCACUGGCUAAUUGCUCCAGUGAGGGCUGUGUGGAUGGGACUGUAGCAUGGACUGGCUCUGGAGACACUACCGGAAGUGUGCCUGAUGAGAACAAGCAGGGCCCCACUUUACCUUCCUGUGAUGUCCCACCUUCUGGGACCAAAUGUAGCUUGAAGUCCAACCAGCACAGCAGCAGGGAGCAGGGACAUGCUCCUAGGGCAUUCCGGGUUCAGGACCAGCAUGAUGAUGUGCGCUGUGAGGUGUCCACUCUCUUCCCUCCCAACGUGGAUAUAGUGUGUUUGGAGGAGGUGUUUGACAAGCGUGCGGCUCACAGGCUCAAGGAGGCCCUGAGCACCAUCCUGGGCCAUGUGCUGUAUGACGUGGGUGCCUAUGCCUUCCAGCCUCAUGGCUGCUGCUCCUUCAAGUUCUUUAACAGUGGACUCUUUGUGGCCAGCCGCUACCCGAUCCUGGAGGCGGAGUACCACUGCUACCCCAAUGGGCGGGGAGAAGAUGCGCUCGCUGCCAAAGGCCUGCUCUCUGUCAAGGUUUUUAUUGGCCUGACUCAAAGACAGAAGCCUGUCAUUGGAUAUUUUAACUGCACACACCUUCAUGCCCCAGAAGGUGAAGGGGAGAUAAGGUGUGAGCAGCUGAAUUUGCUCAUGAAGUGGAUCGAAGAGUUCCAGACCAGGACCAAAGAAGCUGAUGAAGUAGUAGUGUUUGAUGUCCUCUGUGGGGACUUCAACUUUGACAACUGUUCUCCUGAUGAUGUCCUGGAGCAGAGUCACCAUGUAUUUCAGUACUACAGGGAUCCAUGUAGAGCUGCUCAAGGGAAGGAAAAGCCAUGGGUCAUUGGCACUUUGCUGGAGCAGCCAACUUUAUACCACGAGGAUGUGAGCACUCCAGAACGCCUGCAGAAAACCCUGGAGACGGAAGAGUUACGGAAGCAGUAUAUAUCACCUCCUGUGCCUUUGGAUGAAUCAUCCAUGGUCUACCCUGACAGUGGCAGCCCUUGGGUGGGCCGGCGCAUUGACUACAUCCUGUACCGAGAGAGCACCCUUGCCAAGCACUGCUACAGUGAGGUGGAGGAGUUCACCUUUGUGACACAGCUUGCAGGCCUGACGGACCACAUUCCUGUUGGCCUGAGGAUGAACGUCACAUUGAACUCAGAUUCAACGGACCUCUGAUGCCUGGACACAUCUGAUGCCCUCGGCGUGCUGUGGGAAGGCGUGUGAGGUAUGAGACAAAUGGACCACAGGGGAGCAUCUAUUCAUGACGAUGCGGCCAGCAGAGGUCUCUAAGAACAACUGUACAGUCCUUGCUUACGCACCUUAAUGGAGAAAAUCUUGCAGUUUUUCAAAAAAUUCAAAUAAUUGUCUUCCAGUAUUUCCACUUUUAUUGAUAUAGAGGGAGAUUUUUUUUUUUAAGAACAAAAAUAGGAAAAAGUAGCGAUUUCAGAUUUUGGGUUAUGUGGAUGAUCACUCACUGCUGCCUCCUAUAUGCAGUAUGUAAAAAAUAAAUAUAUAUUUUAAAAAGAUGAUGUUUUUUUUUUUUUAAACUGAAGAUUUCCAGAACAAUUUCAGUGUAUGUUAAUAAACUUGUAAUAAAUGAACAAAG